AUGAAGGCCGCUUUCACCGCGAUCAUCGCCCUUCUCGGCGCCACUACCGUGGCUGCUGCUGAUUUCCCCGCCAACCUCCCGGCCUGUGCCAAAACCUGCGGCACCAACAUGCUGGCCAAGGCUGCUGAGCUUCAAUGCAAUGGCAACGACAUCGACUGCCUGUGCAAGAAGCGUGACUUCUCCCUGGGUAUCCAUGACUGCAACGUCGAGUACUGCGGUGACCUCAACUCCGCCAACCAGGGUAUCAGCUGGGGCAACAACCUUUGCUCGGGCGUUAGCGGUGCCGUCCCGAUCCCUUCUGCCACUGGCCUCACGGGCACUGGCAGCGGCUCUGGCCCUUCCGCCACCGGUGGCAACGGCUCUGGUACCGCUACCUCCGGCGCUGCUUCCCCGACUGGCUCGGGCUCUGGCAACGGUAACGGCAAUGGUAACGGCAACGGUAACGGCUCGGGUUCUGGCAACGGUGGCAAUGGCGGCAACGGUGAUGCCACUGCUAUCACCACCAGCACCUGGACCUCCACCCUGACCAGCGGUUCCGAGACCAGCACCGUCACUGGCACCACCACCAUCUCGGGCGCCAACGGUACCCCCGGCAACGGUUCCGGCAACGGCGCCACCAAGACUGGUGAAUCGACCACCCUCAAGACCACUACUGGCGGUGCUUCUCCCACCGAAUCUUCCGGCUCGGGCUCGGGCUCCGGUUCGGGUUCGGGUUCUGGCUCUGGCUCUGGCUCGGGCUCUGACUCCGGUUCUGGCAACGGUUCCGGGAACGGUUCCGGCUCUGGCUCCGGUACCAGCUCCAGCUCUGCCUUGGGUGCUCAGAUGACCGCCGCGCCUGCUAUGGGCUUCCUGGCCGCUGCUGGCAUUGCCGCUGCCCUUCUCUAA